GAUUCCCCAAAAAAGAAAAAAAGCCUCUAAAUUACAGGAAUUCUGCACGGACGUAGGUGUUGCGGGCCGGGGAACGUGAUAAUUCACUCGGAUCCCUUACCAUUUGUUCCUGAUCUCUAAGAUAAUGAUGAUGACGAACCAGUUGGAGAACCUGGUGGAGUCGAUAAAGUCGAAGGUGCGGGGGCUGAAGAAGUCUAAAAAGAAGCCGUACGUGAAGAUGGACAAGAGCUCCAGCGUCAGGGUCGAGAUCCGCAGCAGGAAGGCCCGCAAGCUCAUCGACAAGACCCUCAAGGUCGCCGACCAACCCGGCAAGCGUAGUAUUUCUUGAUCAUCAUAAGUAAACAACCUCAUGGUCAUGUUUGUUUUGUUUUCUAGUUUAAAGAUGGGAUAGGAUAGACAAACAGACAGAUUUAUCUGCCUCUCUAUCCUUGUUCUAUGUUUACAGGUGGGUUUUCUUUGUUUUGUGGGUUCUGUUGUUAUUUGUAUAAGUGCCUACCGAUUCUGUGUUUAUGUUCGUUUUAAGGUUUCAAAGCCUUCGAAAAGAACAACAACAAAAGAAGGGUUUGAAACCAUAUCGGAACCGUCUCGGAUUGGCUUAUGUAUAAGAAACAAGGAUAUAUCUAAUUCUGUUUUCCAUUUU